AUAUAUCACAAAAAUUUCUACUGUACUCUUUGACUAAAAAAGUUCCAAAAUUUUAUCACAAAAUAUAGUUUGUUUUAUUUAUUUGGAGCAAAUCAAUGGAAGCAAAGUGUCCUCCAUUUGGUUAUGCAGUAAAAUAUUACCAAAGCUUAGGAGGUGGCUGUGUUAGGCAAGCUAGUUUCUUUCAAGGAAAACCAGUGCUUAAUCAAAGUGUUGGUUACUCUGUUAUUUUGGGUUUUGGUGCUUUUUUCGCCGUCUUCACCUCUUUUUUGGUAUGGCUCGAGAAACGAUAUGUUGGUUCCCGUCACACGUCUGAAUGGUUUAACACUGCUGGUAGAUCAGUAAAAACUGGACUCAUUGCCAGUGUUAUUGUUUCACAGUGGACAUGGGCUGCCACAAUCUUGCAAAGUUCAAAUGUCGCUUGGCAGUAUGGUAUUAGUGGUCCAUUUUGGUAUGCCAGUGGUGCUACUAUCCAGGUAAUCUUGUUUGGAAUAAUUGCAAUAGAAAUCAAAAGAAAAGCUCCCCAUGCUCAUACAGUCUGUGAAAUUGUGAAAGCUAGAUGGGGAACAGCUUCACAUAUCAUAUUUCUAAUAUUCUGCUUCCUCACAAACAUCAUAGUCACAGCAAUGCUUCUGCUAGGAGGUUCUGCUGUUGUAAAUGCACUUACUGGAGUAAAUCUGUAUGCUGCUAGUUUUCUGAUACCUCUUGGUGUUGUUAUCUAUACACUCGCCGGAGGACUCAAGGCCACGUUUCUUGCGAGCUAUAUACAUUCAGUGAUCGUGCAUGUGGUGCUGGUAAUUUUUGUUUUCCUAGUGUACACCGCAAGCAGUGAACUAGGUAGUCCUGCUGUAAUAUAUGAACGCCUCAAAGAAGUUUCAAGCAGAUCAAGAGUAUGUAUGGAGCCUAUUUCUCAUGCUGGGCAAUCUUGUGGUCCGGUAGAUGGGAAUUACCAAGGAUCUUACCUUACUAUGUUGAGCUCCGGUGGACUGAUUUUUGGGAUCAUCAACAUUGUGGGAAACUUUGGGACUGUUUUUGUUGACAAUGGAUACUGGGUCAGUGCAAUAGCUGCAAGGCCUUCAUCAACACACAAGGGAUAUCUGUUGGGUGGUUUGGUGUGGUUUGCGGUACCAUUCUCUUUGGCAACCUCAUUGGGGAUUGGCGCACUUGCACUAGAUUUGCCUGUAACUGCAAGUGAAGCUACCCGUGGUCUUGUUCCUCCUGCUACCGCUGUUGCUUUGAUGGGCACAUCAGGAUCCAUUUUACUCCUCACUAUGCUUUUCAUGGCUGUAACGUCCGCAGGAUCAGCCGAGUUGAUUGCAGUCUCAUCACUAUACACAUAUGACAUCUAUAGAACUUACAUUAACCCCAAUGCAACAGGAAAACAAAUCCUCCAAGUUUCAAGAAUAGUAAUCCUGGCAUUUGGGUGUUUCAUGGGAGUACUAGCUGUGAUACUAAACAAAGCAGGGGUUUCACUAGGUUGGAUGUACUUAGCCAUGGGAGUUUUUGUUGGAUCAGCAGUUAUGCCCAUUGCGUUCUCCUUGCUCUGGAGUAAGGCGAACUCCCUAGGAGCCAUCCUCGGACCAACUAUUGGUUGUGUUUUAGGUGUGAUCACUUGGGUGUCGGUGACAAAGAUCGAGUAUGGAAGGUUGAAUCUUGAUACAACAGGAAGAAAUGCACCUAUGCUUGCAGGGAAUUUGGUGUCUAUACUUAGUGGUGGAGGGAUCCAUGCUAUUUGUAGCUUCUUAUGGCCUCAAAAUUAUGAAUGGGAUACUACUAAGAAGAUUAGUAUGGUUGAGAAGGAUAAGAGUGAGCUUUGUUCUGAAGAGUUUGAGGAGGAGAAACUUAAGAAGGCGAAGACAUGGAUCGUGAGAUGGGGUCUCGUUUUUACUGUUGUGAUUGUUAUUCUUUGGCCUGCUCUUAGCCUCCCUGCAGGGGAGUUUAGUUUGAAGUAUUUCACUGUUUGGGCAAUCAUAGCAAUAGCAUGGGGAAGCAUAGGAUCUGCAAUUAUAAUUUCAAUGCCAGUGAUAGAGAGCUGGAAAACAAUUCAAAGUGUCUUGGCGGGCAUGUUCACCAACGAUAGGCUCAUCGAAAGAAUCGAGGAGUUGAAUUCCAAGGUGCAUACGAUCAUGCUAGCGAUCCCUGAAGCAGAGCGGAUCUACUUGCUUGAGAAGGAGAAGGAGAAGGAGAAGGAGAAGGAGAUGGCGAAGAAGAAAGAUUUGUUGGAUGAUCAAGUUAUUGAUCAAGUACAACAAGAUCAUCAUAUUGCUUGACAAUGCAAGCUACUUAAACUAAAUGGGAAUGUGAUUCUGCAUUUUGGAGAUGUUUAAGUAUACAAGGAUGUUUCUAAAUCACUAAAGCAUAACGUUUUAGGACAAACUUGAAUUUAUGAUUUGAUCUCUUUAAAGUUUAGUGGUUCUUCCUAAGUCAUCAA